CUUAUGUCAGGUGUUGAUUUAACUGGAUAUGAGGAAAACAAUUUACCUAUUAAAAUCAUGGGAAAAAAUAGCAGAAACAAUAGGGAAUAAAGAUGUUCCCCUUUUAUAUAUAGGCAAAGGGGAACAGGUCACAUUUCAACCCAGUUUCAUGUGUCAGAAAAGGUUUUGCUGUUCCUGUAAUCUGAGGAACUCCACGCUUCAUCACGUUUCCACUGAAAACAAAUAUUUCUACAUCCAGGCUGCACAUUUUUUAAAAAAAGACAAAGAUUUACAAUCCAAAUACGGCAGGGUAAAUUAUUAUUGAUCAAAGGUUUGAACACAAACACACACUCUUACACACCACCCAGUCCUGCCCUCUGAUUGGCCGGCUCAUGUGAGGUGAAACACUCCUGCUUGCAGGUGAAUGAGCUGCAGGAUCGGCUCACCUUACAAUUUGACUGCAGGAACGGAGCGAGAAGGAGCUGAGCGUCUUCAGAGGUGAUGACAGAACAGCGUGUGGAUCAGCAGGCGUCUCAGGAGGAUGUCAGGAGGACUGAAAGGGCAGCUGCAGAGCAUGAAGCCAGAGACUAUCACUCUGAUUUGGAGGAUGUGACAGAGGAGCAUCAGCAGAUUGACAAGAUGGUGGUUGAACCUCUUCAAGGUGCAGAUCAGGACCAACAGGAGCCGUCAGGCAGAAGGAAGGCGGCGUUGGUCAGGUCAAAAACUUUAGACAACUCCAUGCUGACUCACGUCCAAAUAGAUUUACACUCCAAGAUAGAGAGAAAGAAGUCGCACUACAGCCAGCUUUCGAAGAGCAACUGCCAGUACCAUAAAAUAUUUAAGGAGAUCAGCAAAGAGGAGCAGCUGAGACAGAGUUACACCUGUGCCCUGCAGAAAGACAUCCUCUACCAGGGGAGGAUGUUCGUCUCUGAUCACUGGAUCUGCUUCCACUCCAAGGUUUUUGGCAAAGACACCAAGAUUGCCAUCCCUGUGACUUCUAUCACCAGCAUUAAGAAGACCAAGACUGCCAUCCUGUUGCCAAACGCUCUGGUGAUCGCUACCGGCAGUGACAGAUACGUGUUUGUGUCCUUCCUGUCCAGAGACAACACCUACAAGUUCCUGACAUCGGUUUGUCUCCACCUAGAGGAGAGGAGUCCAAGCAGCAGCCCUAUUCCUUCCUCAGCUGAACACAGCUUCAGAGGUCAGAGGUCGCCGCUGUUGCCUCGCUUCCCUAUGAGUGAUUUCGUUGACUUGGAUGUAGCCGUGAGACAAAGAAGGCAGGAGAUGGAGGAAAACAGCAGCUCCGACUCACAGGCCCCAGACUACGACAAGAUAGCUGACCUGCCCAUUCCUCAUUAUCUGGACGCUCUGAAACAAAGCGUGAAGACGUCUUCUCCAGAGCAGCAGCGCAAAGUGAAAAAGCAGCCUCUCACCCAGCAGAGCUCAAAGCGUUCAGGCUCUGAAGUGGUGAUUAACAGCAGCGUGAAAUCAGUUUCUCUCAACACUCUGCUGAUUAUCUACAUGUUUCUGGUGUGCAUCCUGGUCCUGUCUUCCUGCUAUCUGGCCUUCAGGAUCGUUUCCCUGGAACAGAGGCUGACAACGCUUGGCUCUGUCACCGACAUCAUGCAUCAUGAAAGCGGCUUCCUUUCUGGGAGUGCUGAUGGCAACAUGGAGCUCUUCUCUGAGCUGCUGACCAUUAACCUGCUGAAACUGGAGAAGGUACAGAAGAGUCUGCAGAGGCUUCUGGAAGAGGCUGCAUGAUACGAGAAUCAGGAAGAGAACAUGAAGGAGCUGCUUCCAGUGCUGUAAAUAAACUGUGAAUAUUUAAUUUAUUAUCUGUAGGAGGUUCAGACUGUACAGAGUUAAUAACCACAGUGAUUUUAAAACAAAUACAACUCUGACUGUUUUACCAAUUAGCUUCAUGUAUAAACCAGUAACUCUUAUUGAUAGAAGGGAAAAAAAAACUUUAAACUGUAAUUGCCUGAAAAAAUCGCCUGGAAUCCGCCCUUUGAGGUGGAGCUCUGUCAUGAUCGCAGCCCCGGUUGCUGAUCUACUCACUCACUUCAUUCACCUGCUGUUCCCUCCCCGCUCUCUAAUUAUCAUUCAUCUUAUUCACCUGCUCCCUCUGCUUUAUAUGCGGUUCAGCUCAGCUAUCAGGGUCAGAUCAUUAUUCUUAGGUUUUUGUGUUAGUUAUCCAUGUUUUCUCUGUUUGGUUUAGUUUUUGUUUAGUCCUUGGUUUAUGUACCCAUCUCUGGAGGCCAGUGAAGUGAGAGGGUUUGUCUCUUGUCUUCUAGUGGUGUCCCGGGUCUUCUCAGUAGAGACAUCAGGGUUUUGGCUUGGCGUGCGGGAGAGGCCAGUUUUAAUUACUGUAAUCCUGGCUCUUAGGAGGAGUACAGUUUAAAGUUCUGCAGAUCUCCUGGUACCGAGUCUUGUCUCUGUUGCUCAACCACUGAGCCCGCCUGUCUCUAUCUGAGCGUAUCUGUCUGAGCUCGCUGCUGGACUCAUUGGAACUCUGAACCUGCCUGAACGCUCUGUGGAUUCGUGGAACCGUGGAUCUGUCUCUUCCUGUUCGGCUUCGAACUCCAGGAUCCCAGAACUGUCCUAUCUGAUCUGUUUUCCCUGACCUGUAUCGGUCUCCUGUCCGCUCCCUGGGGUUACUACGUCGGGGACACUCUGGGCGGCUCUACACCGCAGCGCGUUUGGCGGUCCAUCGGCUGGAUCCUGCCUUCCUCAGAGAGGAUGGACUGAACUGUUAAAGCAGAGUCUCAGUUUUUGUUCCUUUUCUGUUCUGUUUUAUUUACUUUGUCAUUCAACGUUUUGGAACUUUCCACUGUCUGACUCGCCUGAAUACUGGGUCCAUCUGUCCCAAUUUGUGACAGAAUGAUGUAUAAAAUGUAUUUAAAAUGUUUGAAAGCUUUUUUGUUUGAACUGAAUGUGACACACUGAGACUUUCUGGACAAAAAGAGACCAGGUGUGCAGACCAUAUUAUAACUCAGAACAUUAAACUGUUACAAAAACAAUGUUUGGAUGGAUAUAUUUCAUUAUUUUAGAAAAAAUAUUUUGGGGAAAUAUUUGUUUUUGAGAUUGUCAGAUUUUAGAAUAAAGGUUUAUUUGUGCUGUACAUGUGAGUAUUUCAUG